GAGUACGCAGUCUGGUGGCCUGAGAGAUCAUCCCAGCCAGCGGAACCAAAGAGGCUUUGGAUCCUGGUGCCAGGUGGAAUGAGCGAUGGAGACUCCGUGGCAGGAUACUUCCACGAGCUUCUGCAAAGUGGCGUCAUCGACAAGUCGAGCGAGGACUGGUGCCUCUUCCAUAAUGCUGGCACAGGUGGAGCGGAAUGGCGAAAGCAAACCUACGCGGGCCUGUCGGAUCCGGCAUUCCUGCUGGACUACCUCAAGCGCUUGGGGGCUUACAGCCACGACGGGCCCACAAAGCAAGACUGUCUGUACAGAGAGAUCAUUGUUCUUGGCUUUUCGGUGGGGGGAAUGUUGACCCUGUCCACUGCGGACAAGAUCUUCAAUGGAGCCCAGCCUACGCAGGCACACAUCCAGAAGGCGACCCUCCUCGGCCGAGAGCACCUGAAGCGAUGGGCGAGUUUCUACAAGGAUGGCCGCUGUAUAGCCAAAGACGGAUCGCAGCUGAACAUCGACAACCAGGCGUCAAGCAACUGCACGCUGGAGGUGCCAUGCCGCUUGAGAUUUGUCUCCGUGCACAGCCCUGACCACUUGCGCAACACGUUUGAAGCAAUGACCAAGUGGUCAUGGUUUGCCCGCUUAGACAUCCCCCUGGCGCUGCACUUCUGGGCGGUCAAUCUGCGAAAUCGUUUGAUCUUCAAGUGCCCAGAAGGUCGACUUCUUCCCUUCCCGCCUACCUGGUCCUACAUCCGACACAUUACAGAAGUUGCCUGGGCACAGAACCAGGUGCUGAAGAAGCAGGCGGUUGGCGAGUCUGCUUGCCAGGUGAAAGUGCCAUUCGAGCAUCUUGAUGGAGACUUCUCCCUCCAAGUACAGGCUCCUCUUCCUCCGGGCGAGGUCUUGCGAAUUCAGAACCCCGAGGACCCUGUGGUGAACAAGUCCACUUUGGAUCCCCAUUGCCUUCAGAAAUGUGACGUGUGGUGGUUUCGUGAGGGCGGGCACGUGAUGUGUUUCGGCGCAAGCCCGAAGCUGGCGCGCCGACUGCGCAAGUGGGUAGAGCAUCCGCCGCUUGUGUCAUGA